UGGAGCAGCGGGUACUCAACCUAAUAGGUUCAGAGGCUGCUACAGGCAUGGUAGCUGUAAAUGAGACAGCUCCCGUUCCUCAGAAUGAUUCAGCACUUGCCUCUGAACCAUUAGAGUUAGAGGUGCCACCACCCUUUCUGCGGCCUCGGUCACCCACACCAACCCGCUCAACUAUCCUAGACAACAUGCUGGAUGAAUUAAUGAGGCCAGGUGGAAGCGGCCAGUCCACCCCAUUUCCCACGGAAAUAGUGGAGGUGACGACUGCGUCGCCCACCACCAGCCACGUCCAACAGACGGGAUCUCCGGUACGGCCAAGAACCCGGCGUACUAUACCCGGGCACCGCGCUACACCGGAUCGCCGCCGGCGCCCUCGAGUUCGCCCACACUCGGCACAUGCAGAUGCUGCCCAAAAUAUUAUCCAUUCGGAUAAUCUCUGGAGAGAUUUGGCGACAAAGUUUGUCACUGAGAGUCUGCGGCAGCGUGAAGCUGAAUUACAAAUGCAAGCUCAGUGGCAAACUUUGUUCGCUAAAUAUCUAGAGCUACUAGAUAAAAAAAUAAAUAAAUAA